UAAGUUAGAUAGGACAGUUGAGCGUUGCUGAAUCAGCAGCUGUACGAGUAAACGCAAUAAACGCAUGUCGCCGACGUCGCCGUUCGCCGUCACCGUCAGUCGCCGGCGGCUGCGAGUGGCUGCGAGGUUUGCGAAGCUGUUUGUCUGAUUAUCAUCGCAGUCGUCCAACUAACAAGUUGUCGAACGGUAGUCAAAGACUAGGAGUGGAAAAAACUAUCAGUCUUCUUCAUUCUUACACAUCUGCCACAAUCUUCAUUGCGUCUCUCGCAGCAACCUUCAUAAUUAGCGUCCUGGAACGGCAUCCUGGCGAAAUGGGCAUCUGGGAAAUAAUCGAUUUCGCAUCGCUUGACGGAGAAAUUCAGGAGCUGAUAAAGGAGAGUGCGGCGGUGCGUGAGAACGCGUACUCGCCAUACAGUAAGUUCAAGGUCGGCGCCGCGGUACGAUGCGUCGACGGUAGCAUCUCACAGGGCUGUAACGUGGAGAAUGCGUCCUAUCCGGCGGGCGUAUGCGCCGAGGUCACGGCAAUCGCGCGGGCUGUGUCGGAGGGGAAACGAAAGUUCACAGCGUUGGCCGUGGUCGCUGAUCAGGAAAAUACUUCGUUUACCACGCCAUGCGGAGUGUGCAGGCAGUUCAUGUCCGAGUUUGGCGAAAACAUGCCCAUCUACUUGACGAGAUCCGAUAUGAAGAAAGUUCUACGGACUAAGGUGAACGAACUGUUGCCGCUGUCACCUUUCCGCACAAAUGAUACGGAGACUUCAUAAUUUAUCCUCAUUGUUGAAGGCGUUCAAACAACACGGAGGCUACAACGGAAGGCGUUGAAUUUUUCUAUGUAUGUAUUUAUCCAGAGUAUUUAUCCAAAACCGAACAUUUGUAAAUCUUGUUACAUAUGCAUGAUUCGGCAUCGAUAUCAACAUAAGACUUUAUUUCAAUGAAAUUAAGAUCGAUGAUGCACAAGUAUUAUUUACAAUGAUGUGAUAUAUGUAUAUGAGUAAUGAAGUAGCUAUUGUGCAAAGUGACCACGAGUUAAUAGAUUAUGUGAACAUACACACACUCAUACACACAUCCACACACACACACACACACACGCGCGCGCAUACACAUAUGAUACAAACUAAUCAUAAAAU